AUGAAGCGCCCUGCUGCGAAAGCCUCGGGAAAGCCUGGGAGUCCCAAAGCCAAGAAGCCGAAACCGGCCGGCUCCUACUCCCGCCUCGUGGGCGCAAAGGCAUGGGCGGCGGACAAGUUGGCGCGGCAGAGAGGCCGAGUUCACAUCUUCAAUGCCACCCGACCCCAUGGCAUGGAUGGCUGGACCAUGGACCUGAAGCAGUAUGAGCUGAUCAGGGGACACAUCUUGAAGACCAUUGAUCAGAAGGGUGAUGCUCAGGGUGCUGUUCCUCUUCAACUGGUGGUUGACAGUGCUCAAAAGCGCUAUCAGAAGCACAAGCUCUUCCCCAAGGGUCGCCUCACCAACUAUGUCCGCUAUACGAAGGUGGACUUGGAAGCCAGACAGGAGGUCGAGAGAGUUCCGGGAUCUGGGUCCCAAAGAAUCCGACGCUGCAAGUGA